UGAAAGUUUUGGUUGCAUGAAGUCCAGGAAUGAAAGUCUAGCCCCAAGGAUGUCAACAACAAAACUCUUACUAAGGUCAACUGUUUCAGUUCUGUUCCAGAUAUUCCUUUAAUGAGAUCAUCAGUUCUUUGAACAAUCAUAUAAAAAAAUGCCUUUAAGAGCAAAUAAUUUAGUUUGAAAAUAGCUGUUCUUUAGUGUGGGCUAUAGAAACUGUCAGCAUUCUAUAGCUAGGGAAUAAGUCUCACCUGCUUUUUAAAAUGACCUAUAUUGACUAAUUUUACAUGCAGAUAUUUCACUUCCUAGAAACUGACAUUUGUAAGACGCAUUUUGAUUAUUCUUCUAAUCCAAUUCCUUCUGCUUGCAGCUGAAUGUAGGCUGUAUGGGUACUGAUUGAGAUCUGGGGAAAAACAAAUCAGUUUUUUAAAGAAGUGAACAGCUAUUGUUGAUACAGUUUGCCAGUUUCACAUGUGUUAGCUGGAGACUCGUUUUAUGAUGUUUCUGAAAAUGUAGAGCACAAGAUGUGAUUAAACAUAGUUUCAGAUUAAAAGACAUAAUUUAUCAAAGCAUUUCAAAUCUCCUAUGUAACUUGAGAAAAAGCAACUGAAAAAUAACAUCAUUUAAAGGAAUUAAUUCAGGAAUUAAUUACAUCUCUGCAUUUCAAGAUGAAAUCAACCCUGCAGUGUCUAAUGCUAUUCUCUAACUAUGGGUUGCUAAAGGCUUUCAUCUCCUUCCUCUUCAACUAAGGACUUCAGUAGCUUGGGUUAGAAAAAGGCUAAGUUAGGCAAAAUUCACUUCGGUUUGCUGCAAUUGCACUCAGGUUUAAAGAAAAAAAACCACAAACAGCUGAUCUGUGGUCAGAAAUUAUAAGUAAGAUUCCCAGUUUACUUCUAAUAUGUUGUCACAAGCAACCUCUUUUGAAAGUGUGCUUAAUGGCUUUGAAAGGAGCACAGUAGAUCCCAAAUAAAUAUUCACAGAGUCAUUAAGGUUGGAAAAGACCUCCAAGAUCACCUGGUCCAACCAUCCCCCUACUGCCAAUGUCACCUCUAAACCAUGUCCCUAAGCACCACGUCCAAGCUUUCCUUGAACACCCCCAGGGACGGUGACUCCACCACCUCCCUGGGCAACCCGUCCCAGUGCCUGAGUGCUCUUUCUGAGAAGAAAAGUCUCCUCAUUUCCAACCUGAACGUCCCCUGGUGAAGGGGGUUUUGUUUCUGUAAAACCCAUGCUUCGCUUUUCCAAAUACUCGAGAUGAACCGACUACUUUGUGUGACUUCUGUUGCCCACCUGAAGAUCACUUUCUCUUUGAAUUUACAUAUGAUUGAUUCUUUGAAUGGAAAUGGCAGAGUGCUCAAUGUCAGUGCCUUGUUUUCUUAGGUUUGGUGUUUACCUCUCUUUGUAAACAUUUAGAGGUGAUGAAAGCAGUUCUAAGUGUGUAUAACUGCAGCUGUUAUGAAGCUGAUAUUAAAAAUGAUGGGCUGGGAAGGUGGUCAGGGCCGUUUAGUCUGAUUCCCUGAGCUGUGGAGGAAGGACUGACAGUAUCUUUUUCUGGUGAUUUGGUAGUGUUUUUUAAGUUAAUAUUAUUUAUUUUUUGUAAAGCUUUUUUUUUCUUAAAAACCUCUACUGAAGAAGAUUUCAUAAUGUGAGACAAGAUCUCAUACUACUUUCCCUUAGAUGUCUUAUAUCGCUUCUCCAUUCAAGAUCAGCCUGAUGUCUGUCUGUUCUGUGCUUAGUGGGAUAGAGAAUGGUGGAUUAUCAUACCUCGUUUGGAGACUCCUAGUUAAAGUACCUCGUAAUUUUCGCUUGUUGGAAGAACUUGAAGAAGGGCAGAAAGGAGUGGGUGAUGGUACAGUAAGCUGGGGCCUUGAAGAUGAUGAAGAUAUGACACUCACCAGAUGGACAGGCAUGAUUAUUGGGCCACCAAGGACAAACUAUGAAAACAGAAUAUACAGUCUGAAAGUAGAGUGUGGACCUAAAUAUCCAGAAGCACCUCCUACAGUUAGAUUUGUAACUAAAAUUAAUAUGAAUGGAAUAAAUAAUUCCAAUGGAAUGGUGGAUGCACGGAGCAUACCAGUGUUAGCAAAAUGGCAAAAUUCUUAUAGCAUUAAAGUUGUACUUCAAGAGCUAAGACGUCUAAUGAUGUCCAAAGAAAAUAUGAAGCUUCCACAACCUCCAGAAGGACAAACUUACAACAAUUAAUUUUAGCUGAUUCUCAAACUUCUGUCUUAAAACAACAACCUUCUACUCAUGUUAAUGUCUUGAUUAAAAUCUCACAAUGCAAACACCCACACAUUAAAAGAAUUUCAGCUGGUAUACAUGACCUGGACAUUUGUAAGAAUAUAUAUAAUAUAUGUAUGCCCAAUAUGUUUUCAGGCACUAUGGGAGAAAAAGGCAGCACAAUUAUUUUUUUCUCUUAUCAAGGCACUGUCAUUUAAGCAUAAGCCUGAAAUAGCCUAAAAUUGGAAUUCAGGUUUUACAAGAUGAAAGCAUGACAGAAAGUGUCAGAUUGCUGUGGAAUAAUAUAUGUUUCUGAAAAUAAUCUCUUGAGAAGGCAAAAUAUAAAUGGCAUGCUUUAUCCAUCUUGCUUAGUAAAAGAGCUGCAGUUAAAAUUUGUUUUAAAGUAGCAGGUACAGUGAAUACCGUUGCUCAUCUUGUUUAAUUUUGCAAGGGUGUGGGUGCCGACUACUAGUAGUGUCACAAAGUAUGUUCAGGAUUGUUUUGAUACCUGUAUUUAUAAAAUGGGGGGAUUAAUUUCUGUUAAGCAGCUCCUGUGUGUUACAUGUAUCGGACAUGGCAAAUAUUUGUUUACAGUCUUUGUUCUAAUAAACCAUGCAUUUAAGUUUUAGUGAAACAAAGGAAAUGUAUGGAUAUGUGAUUGAGAUUAAAGUUAGUCUUAAAAUGUAAAUAAAAUGUGGAAAGUG